UAUUCAAUCCACGUAAACGACAAGGCAUAUGUGCUGAAAGAGUCCGUUUUAGCGAUGGAUGCUUUCGAGACGGCAAAGAACAAGCUUAUCUCGUCGCUGAGUGCCCAGGAGGCUGCCACUCUGGGGACGCUGCAUACUGCCGAAGAUGUCCUCGGCGAAGUAAGAAAGGCUGAGGAAAACCACAGAAGCAAGACUUGCAAUUGAGUUCAUCGACUUCUUUGAGAAGUGGGUGGACAUGUUUCGUCGACUUGGGAAGAGUCUGGGAAGGUUCGAGAUUUAUGCACGUCUCUAUCCUACGUCCGAACGAUUGAAAGAAUCUCUCAUUGAAGCGUAUGAGAAAUUUCUGGACCUCUGUCUCAAGAGCAAGAGUGUGUUUGCAGAAAAGUCUUCUAAAAGAUUGAAGUGGCUUCCGAAUUCGAGCGCGGUCGUCGGAGUUAAGUUACUAUGGAAGCCUAUCAAAGUCGAGUUGGAGAGUACCCUCGAAGAGCUGGAUGAGUUGCUUGAAGACGUCGAGAUGGAAGCAGACGUUGCCGAAAAAGUGGAGUCGGGUGUGUCACGGCUCGUGAUAAAUAAUCAUGUUUCGGGACAACAGAAGAGGGAAGUGUUCGACUGGCUCGGCCCCGUGGAUCCUAGUAUCAAUCAUUCGAAUGCCGUUAAACUGCACGAACCUAGCACUGGAGAGUGGAUCUUUGAUCAUGAAAAGUACAAGGAAUGGGAAAGCAAAGAAAAUGCUGCAUUGUGGAUCCAUGCCAAACCUGGAGCAGGCAAAACGAUACUUGUGUCAACGAUUAUCAGCAACAUUAUCCAGACAUUCGAAACUGACCUAACACUCACAGUAUGCUACUUCUACUGCGACUAUAAAGACGUUCAGAAAAGAACCCCACGGAAAGUCUUGGAGACACUCAUUUCGGAGAUUUGUCGUCAUAACUCGGAUGCGUUAGCAUACGUCGACGAUAUCUCAUCCAAAUUUCGCGAAUCCAAGUCCACAUGUACCAUACCAACGCUCUUCUCGAUCCUGAAGAAGUGCCUAGAAUUCCAACAGACAUUCAUCAUAAUCGACGCUUUAGAUGAGUGUGACGACCGACAAGAGCUGUUAGGUUUCCUUGUUAGCCUUUCAAACUCUGGAUUGAGAUUGAGGCUGUUACUUGCAAGCCGAAAUGAAAGGGAUAUCCAACAAGAACUAGGAUCACUGCCGCAAAUGACCCUCACCGGUACCGAGAGCGAUCAUGACAUCGAAGUCUACAUUCAUUCCAGCCUCAACGCCAUGAUCAAGAGCAAGAAACUAAAACUCCGAGAUGAGAGCCUUCAGAUGGAAAUCUUCGAAUGUCUCUGCUCGUCUGCUGAUGGAAUGUUUCAAUGGGUUAAAUGUCAACUUGACACAUUGUGUACACUCAUUACAGACAAAUCCAUCCGAGCGUCCUUGAAGCAACUUCCCAAGGGCUUAGAUGAAACAUAUGUUCGCGCAUUCUCCAAAAUUCGCAAAGAGAUGGGAGAGGAUGGAGUCAUGAUAAAAAGAAUAUUUCAUUGGCUCGUCCAUUCCAAGAGACCCCUCACCCUACAAGAACUUUCCGAGGCAAUUAGUAUUGAAUUUCAUCAGAGGCAGUUGGACUUCUCUGCCAUACCGACAGAUCCAGCAGAUAUUUUUCGAUUCUGCCGGGGACUUGUAAGCCUUUCUGGGCACGACAACGAAGAGACCGUGAAUCUAUCUCACUUCUCCAUCAAAGAGUUCCUUCUGUCGCCAAGAAUCAAGGAAACAGAAAUUUCAGAAUUUUAUGCUGGAUCUUCUGCGGCAAUGUUUGAUAUUGCAGCAGCAUGCCUCACAUAUAUCAUGCUGGAUGACUUCAGGGAAGGUCAGUGUGUGAAUAGAACGAAGAUGGGGGAACGGAAAAGCAAGUAUGCUUUCUUGGCCUAUGCCGCACUCUACUGGAGUGAUCACUACAAGUCCGCUAGUUCUGAGGGGGACGAAAUACUGGAGGAGCUUGCGCUUGCACUUUUCACUAACCCUGCUCAUUCAGGGUGUGUGGAAUCGUGGUUUCAAGCAAACACAGAGGCAGAAGCUCAACUUCGCUAUAAAACGUACAGGACACAAUCAAAGGCCCCGGAUCAUGGGGGAGAGGAGGUACAAAGAGAACCAACUUUGGUGACUGAUUGCACGGCAAUGUACCACGCCGCGCGACUCGGACAUCCAAAGCUUGUCAGACGACUCAUCGCUAAUGGCCAUGAUGUGAAUGCCAAAACUCAAACGGAUUUUGGAGUAUAUGAUUUCCCGAUAAUCGUAGCUGCCUCUGGAGAGCACUGGGCCACUGUGGAUCUGCUCAUCGAUGCUGGCGCUUCGCUCCAUGUAACUUCCAGAAAAGGGAGUUUUCUCACUGGUCUUGCACGAGGGUGUAGUCCCGAAAUAUGGUGGCUGUUCAAAAAAAUACUACAUAUGGGGGGUUCGCAGCUCCUUCAAGAGUUGACGGCAGCCCCUGGGCAACCUUGGAUUGAUGAGAAUAUUUCUGUGUUAGGAGCCCUCGCCUUACAUCCGCUGGAUGCCAGGGAAAUGGUGGAAUUAUUCAUAAAGAACGGUGCAGAUGCAAACGACUGGUUGGAAUACGACUCGAUAGAGAGAAACAUGAAGGAAAAAGCACCAGCAGAGUACGCUCGAUAUGGUUCACCGCCUCUCCAGCGAGCCGCGUUUCAGGGCAACAACAGAGUUUUAGAAGUGCUAGUCGAGGCGGGUGCAUGGAUCAACUUCUCCUACUGUGAAUUAGGAUCACCCUUGCAAGCUGCUACUCGAGGGAACCGAGAAAGCACAAUAUUCCGAUUGCUGGAACUGGACGCUAAUGUCAACGUUAAGGGUGGCCCACUUGGAACACCGCUCCAAGCUGUAGCAUGGAAUGGAAAUGUAAGAAUUAUGAACCUCUUGCUGAACCACGGAGCGGAUGUCAAUGUUGAAGGAGGGCUAUAUGGAUGCGCUCUGAAUGCUGCCAUUCGGCAAAAACACACAGAUGCUGUAGAACUAUUGUUGUUAAAUGGGGCGGACAUCAAUCAGUUCUGUGCGAUCGAUAACGUGCCCAGGGCCAGUAUUACAAGCGCAAGGAAUUUUUCCUACGGACUGCUUUCGAACGAAAACUUUUGCGAAACUCCUCUCAAUAACGCAAUCCUUACAGGGAACACGUCGAUGGUUACCUCACUGCUAGGAGCUGGGGCUUGCUUGCUGCAGGAUGACGAGAGAUGCACAAGUGAGCUGCCGACGAACUCAAUUCUGGUGAUUCAUUCCCUGUGCCUAGCCAUUGUAAUGGCAGACAUCGACACGGUGAAUAUUUUGUUACGAAACGGAGCUAAUUUGAAAGUUGGAAUUUAUUGUGCUUUAGUGCAAGCUGCAUCUAAGUCCAGCUUUCCCAUUUUGAAGCUCCUCUUUGAUCAGACAGGGGAUGAUCCCAGCAGCAUUAUUUCAGCCGUACCAGAUAUUAUUGCACACAUUAAAGACGAGGGACUGGCCAGAUGUCUUAUUCCAAUCCUCAAAAGAGUCUUUAUCAAAGAUAAUUCGGAGUCACAACGCUAUCUACUGAGUGCCACAGUCUGGAAUGGAUGCUUCAAUUUAACGGAGUUCUUGCUCAAGUACGGUUUGACCCCAAAUGUUGCAAGGCCGUACAGCGGUUCGAAGCCCUAUACCACCUUCAAGGGAGUACCCCUCUCGUUAGCAAUUCGUCAUGGAAGGAUGGAUCUCUUCAAUCUGCUGCUUGAUUAUGGAGUAGAUGUAAAUCUCGCUGACGGGACACCAAUGCGUGAUUGGAGGGAACCUUACCAUGCGUAUAUAUCGGGGAGCCCACUCUUCGCUGCUGUUCGUUCUCGCAACACAGAGAUCGUGACUAGACUUCUAGCAUUGGGCGCUUUGCCAAACAACGAUAGUUGCUCUGGUGAAAUAUGUCCUAAUGUUAUUCACAUUGCUGCAACCUACAAGGACCCAAGUAUAUUAGAGGACCUCCUCAAAUACGGUGCUAAUCCGACGGCGAGUUGUUUUACUUGCCCAUCCGCAUUGAUGGCAGCAGUGAAGUCGCAGAGCCUAGAUGCGAUCCAGAUACUUAUCAGAGAAGGGGUCAAUGUCAACACGCCUGAUCUCUUUGGUCGCACCCCCUUGGCUCGCGCAAAGAUUGAUUGUCUUGAGCUUGCCACCAAAACACUUUCAGAACACCGAGCCGAAGAGGGUAUAACAUUAGAAAAACUCCGUUCCUGUCUGGAGGAUGCGGUCCAAUCUCUAGCUUCAAGGCUCCUGCAGCCUCCUCAUCCUUGGUGGGGUUAUAGAGUUUGGUUUUCCUACCUCCCACAGGGCCUUUGGAUCGGCUUGGGAAAAUGUUUGAUCGUAGGAAAAGACAUUCAAAAUGGGGUUAUUGCACUGGAACAGGCUUUGGAAGCCGUUGGAGAUCGCUAUCGCAGAUAUUGCUGCUACCAUCCGUACUGCAGUUCCGGAGGUCCAUGGGGAAGUUCCGAGUCGAACAAGUUGCAGCUUUGCGAGGACUGUGAUCCAGGCGUAUUCUGUGAAAAUUGUAUUGAGAGGCACCUAACCCUAGUUAGGAACUCAACAUACAGUCACAGUGUAAUAAAGUUACCCCGCAAGCUAUUGUGCGACGUCCCAGAAGGGCACGUAGCUGUCGAUGAGAAUACCUAUCUCCUAGUCAGGGUCUGGCUGGAAGGUCUUCGGGGCUGGACCGCAAAACUUUGAUCAAAUGAGAGUGAGGGCUAGGACUGUAACCAUGCUAUUACUUGCGAUGAGAUAAUAAGUUGAAGGAAGAAACCUUGCUCCCAGGACGAUAAUUCCAGUUACUAUGCAGACUACGAAUAUUAUGAAU